GAAGUGUGCAUGAAGACUGACUCCUAGAAGUCUCGAGAGCCCCAAUAGUGUUGUCACCUAGUUUUCAUGGAUGUAUUUCAGCUACGUUAUUUGUAUACUUUUGAAAUUUUUACGAAAUAUAUCAAUAAAAAUACGUCCGAUAAAGAAAGGAUGACCCGACAUUCUUUCUUAAACUUUCAUACGAACAUGCAACUCCGUCUUAUAAAUUUCAUAGUAUUUUGAGAAGAAAAAUAUAUACUAAGUAAAGUUAGAUACACACACAAGAAAGUGAUUUCAUCCUCACGUGACCCUCUUCACCCUCGGUUAAGUCGAGCGCAAACGAUCACAGUUACGCGUGUCUGUAUGAUAGUGUGAAAGAUAACGUUAGAUCAUCCUUGAACAAUAGAAAACGCAGCGUGGAAAACAAUAAUGUCGUGGUGGAAGCAUGGGAGGGAGCAAGUUUGGGACUUCCAGUCUUCCACUCUCGAAUUCGCAAGGACUCAAUCUGAAGGGAGAUCCAGCUGAAUGACAAUACAGCACGUUCCUUAUCACAGAAAGUGUAUUCUUUGCAAUAGGUUCAAGUUAGUUUUAUGUUGAUUGGUAAAUAUCCAUUUGUCGUUCCUUAUUAAUUAAGUAUAUUUUUUAAUCGCUAUCUUCUACACUGUCGCCAAUUUCAUUAUUAAAUAAUAUAAUUCAACUUAACGAUGAUGACCACCCUGGCCCACACUAGCCAGACUCACGCGUUUAGGGUAUAUAUAUACCCCCUCCGCAAACUAUCGGUCAACGUGCAGCAAUUAGCAACUUAAAAUCAACGACUUGGCCACGAUAGGGUGCUCAAAUCGGUGACAGUCUCGACGUUGACGGUUGACCGGUUAACGAGUGACGAGUUACGACGGACGCAGGGCUGCUGUGAGUUGUGACCAAGGCCAGGUCCUACUAUUUAUAGUACAGAAUUGGAACAGAGCGAAACAACGGACUGUGGCAUAAUACCGUGCGGUUUUCUGACCCUUGGUCCUCGGAUCUUAUCUUGAGAGAGCCUCAACCAGCGGCAAUAUUAGCAUUGUUAUUUAGUGACAGUGUCAGAAACCUUACUAUUGGAGCAAUAUUAAUACUUAAGCAGUUGCGAAUAGAAGAAAUUGUUUAUGAUUUAUCAGUAAAAAUCAAGCUCACGUUAUAACUGCUCUAACAUUAUUGAUAAACAGACAAACGCGUGCUCUCUCGGAUUAUUCGGAAAGUACGAUGUUUUCAGUUUUCAUGAUUACCUUGUCAUUGUCAGUUUUUGUCUUUAUCUAUGGAGUUACAAUAGAACUUGAGUACAGCUUAGUGCAACGUUAGUGCAUGCAUACAAUAAGGGAACAAUGUCCACAAUACUCGUGUCAAAGCAUAUUUCAAGAUAUCUGAUAAGACCAGUAAUGGUUUAGCUGUUUUUAUAAAAUGCGAAUACGUUAGUGUAUUCUUUGGAGACCUGACGCAAUCUGCUUUAGUUUUGUCAUACAGAUAAGAUGAGUUCUGAAAGCAGUCCAGUUAAAGUCACCUUAGGUAUGAUAAAAGGCAAACCAAUAGCCAUGUCUUUUCCAGUGAUACGAUAUCAUGCCAGUGAUGAUGAAUUGGAAGAAUUAUAUCCUAGCACAGAUGAUGAAAAAGUACAUUCUCAGGAAUCUGGUAAAUUAUCUCCAAAGCAAAUCUCCAAUUCAAGGAGAAAAAGUCGUAUAAGUAUAUCUGAUGGUAGCAAUGGCUGUGAAGGAAGAAUGGAAAGACGCUCAACAAGUAUGGAUGAGAAUCUGUCUGAAAGUGUAUCACCGUCAGAACCAUGGAAAUUAUUGACUAAUAUAAAAGGAAAAAUCACAAAAACCUUUGAAGAUAAAAUAUCAGAAAUGAAAAAUGAGAAGAAAAAAUCAAAGUGUGAUAAAAGUAGAGAUACCUCCAGUGUGAGUGAUUAUGAAGAAUUAGGUGAACAUGCAUCAUCUAAGGAUUCUAGCUUGAAGAAAAAAGAGAAGAAUACAAUGUCCCCACAUGCAAGAAAACAAUCUCAUUCGUCUAGAUUUGUUGGUUUCUCACGUAUUAAGACUGGCUUGAAAGCCAAAAAGUCAGGGCACUACAGUGUUGAAAGUGGGGUUGAAGCUGCAGAAUCAAUCUGUGAAUCUAAAAAUUAUCAAGAUUCAUGCCUUGAAAGUGAUACAAGCAAAAUUAAUAUUAGCAAUAUUAAAAAAGUUCAAAAUUUAUCUUUACCGGAUAUCUUAAAGCCUGUUAAUAAAGUUAUGGCUGAUACGGAUAACUUAACAAUUCAAAUUAAAAAUUUAAUUUACAGUGACUUGCCAAUAUUAUCAGUUAUUCUUUGUUCUUGUUACUUGAUUCCUGUACCUGGUUAUUUAUCAGGUGUGUUGGCUGGUAUUUUAGUAUCAAUAAUGAUACAUAAAAUUUACAGAAAUAUCAGUUGGCUGCUAGAAAAUCCAGCCAUUCCAAAACCAUCUUCAGUUCCUUUCGUUGAAGUUCCAGCAGCUAAAGAACAUGCAGUUUUAGAAAAGUUUGAAGGAUGGCUGAAUGAACUGCCAUAUAAAUAUGAACCAAAUAAUUAUCAUUUGGCUCGCACAAAACCAAUUUUUCUUAAGUUGGAGGGAGAAAAUUUACAAAUAAUGGAAACCAGAACUAGAAUUCCAAAAAGGGCAGUUUGGGAUGAGUCAAAACAUAAACCAAAGCUUACUAAACAAAGAAUUUAUUCAUUAGAUGAAGCAAAAAUUGAAUUACUCCCUCAUGGUCUUAUUAGAAGAAGACGUUGGAGUAAGAAAUAUCCAAUUUGCAUUACAUUGGAAAGGGAUUUAAUAAAAGAGAAUAAUUUAUUGGAUAAUUCAUCAGAUGAAGAGACUCAACCACUUGACAGCGAAAAAGAGAAAAAUGUUAUGGAAGAAGAAGAAACUGACGAUGACCUAUCUCAAUCGAAAGAUUCUAAAGAUAUUUAUGAAGACUGUCAAGAUGAAGAUGAAAAUGAAGAAUUCAAACUAAAACUAUACCUAUUUGCAAGAACCGACAGACAAAAAGAAGAUUGGUUCCGACGCCUAGUUGCUGCAACGGUUUCUAGCAGCAAACGAAGUUCUGUUUCUUUUUCGUCUAAGGAUGUAUUUUAUGGGAACUCGCCCUCGCACACUAAUAACCAUGAUAAGAAACCAUCAACGCCGUCCUUUUCUUCAUCCGAAAUGGCGUCUAUAUUAUCUUACGAGGCUUAUAUGACUCGAUAUAUAGAUGAUCAAUCGGUGCUUGUUGAAGAGUCUAGUCCUUCGUCCAGAAUUAGUCAUGAUGGUUUAUGGAUAAAUGCUUUACUAGGUCGCAUCCUUUUCGACAUGCAUAAAUGCCCAGAUUUUAUUAACAUAAUUCAAGAUAAAAUACAACGAAAACUAUCUAAUAUAAAAUUACCAUACUUUAUGGAAAGCCUACUUGUCUCAGAGUUAGUUGUUGGCCAGGGUGCUCCAGUUAUUCAUAGUGCGACAAAACCGAUUAUAGACAAUCGAGGACUUUGGUUCGAUUUAGAUAUAACUUACGAGGGUAGCUUAACUAUGACGAUAGAGACAAAACUAAAUUUAAUGAAACUAAAAAGAGCAGGUUCGAUGUCUGGUCAUUCUGACAUUUUAAAAGAUAAACCUCUGCCGGUGAGAUCUCCUAUGUUUGACAGUGACGUAGAAGAUAGCCCUGAAACUUCUACAGAAGAAGAUGAUAGCCCUCCCUUAACUGUAACUCCUUCUUCUAGAGAAAAUACGCCAACUCAAUCUUCUGGUAAGAAAUUCCUCAACAUGGUCGAUAAAUUAGCAUCUAAUAAGUACUUUCAACAUGCUACUGAAUUAUCUUAUGUGAAAAGAGCAAUGGAGGGAGUUUCUAAUACGGAAAUUAGAUUGACAGUAAGCGUAUCUAGUAUAGAAGGAUGUCUAGCUGUAAAUAUUCCCCCACCACCCUCAGAUAGGCUGUGGUAUGGUUUCAAACCAGUUCCAAAAAUAAUUCUAACAGCGAAACCUGCGGUUGGUGAAAGGGCUUUCAAUAUCGUUUACGUUACAAAAUGGAUAGAAACUAAGUUGCUUAGAGAAUUUGAAAAAAUAGUCGUUAUUCCAAACAUGGAUGAUCUUAUGAUUCCCUUAUGUCCAAAUUAUCCUUACAGUACAUAGUAAAUUAAAACUAAAACUUAUUGACUGGCAACUAAACUUCCAUUUAAAUGUGAUUUUAUAGUGAUUGAAAAAUUAGCUUUUUUAACAUUAGAAUGAAAAUAUUUUUUUAUCUUAUUGUUAUUCGGAUAUUUUUAAUAUGUUUCUUCGACAAUACCGACAAUCAUACAUGUUACGGCAAAUGUAUACAUAAUUUACUUUAUCGAUAUUUCACAUUGCAUUAUUUUUUGCAGCGAUGACUAUAUUUUGAUUAUCGUGGUGCAACUGAUUCGAAUUUUGUUAUUAAUAGUCUAUUGUACUCAUCUCUACAUAGUCUAAGUUGAUAAUUUUGUUGAAGAUGUUUAUAGUAAUUGGGGUCUGAUAUCUAGAUUGCCGUGACAUCUCGUGGCAUGAAACAGAAAUAACUAAACGCGCGCUUUAACAAAGAUGACAUAAAGUAGUGUUACUUGUAUUUGAUAUACAAUAAUAACGGAAGAAAUUUGUAAAUGGACAUACGUCAACUUUAAUGCCAGUGAUAUUUCUUAGAUAAGUACAUUUAUCGACUUUUCAAAUUUAUUUUAUUUGCUUUUAUUUUUAAUAAUUCAUGUAGUUUGAGUUGGCAAUUAUUCAUUUUCAAAUUUCCACGAUUAUUAUUGAUAUGUUAUGUAAAAACUAUACUUUCCAUUACGCUGUCUAUGUUCACUUACCAUCAUAUUGUGCCGUUUUACCUUUAUAUGUCAGACCCUAAUACGUGCUAUUGCUAUUAUAUUUUGGGCUGUGUUUAACAUAUACAGAAACAUGUAACUCGUUGAAUUUCUUGAAAUAUUUUAAUAGUUACGUGAUUCGCAUUUAAGUUGCAAAAUUAUUGAAGCGCAGAGAUUGGAAACUAAUAGAUAAUUGUUCGUUCUUAGAUCAUGUUUUUUUUAUUUUGUUACUCUAAUUAAGGUUAAUUUGGUGUUAAGAACAGUUAUGGAUUUGAUUUUAUUAGUUUAAUACUUUUCUGUUUAGAUGUUUUGUUUUUUAAGCUUUCAGUAUUUCAUCAAUUUUUUACGUUUAAGGUAAAUGGUGUUAAUGUAAUUAUAACAAAAAAGAAAAACGAAAUCAUCGUCCAUAUUUGAAUGCAUCGAAUUAUAAAACUUGUGGUUCGUUGUAUAACAUUCAAACUACGCCAAAGUGUAAAAACUGAGACUAGUUGUUUUUUACGGACUUGUAUCUAUUGUACUUUAGCUCAUUGUAUCUAUUUAUCAUGUAUCUGUUAUACAUAUAUAUAUAUAUGUAUGUAUGUAUGUAUGUAUACAUAUAUAUUGUAUGUAUGUAUGUAUGUAUGUAUGUAUAUAAAUAAAUAAAAUGUGCUCGUUUUUAUCGAUUUAUUUCAAGGUGAAGCAGAUUUUAAAUAAAGCUA